CAAUACGAAGCACAACAAAACAGAUUAUACGUCGAAGUUUUAGCCUGCUACUGAUAUUUCGUAAAAUAAUUUGUUUAUUUAUAACGUAUUAGCAACAAAAUGGCUGACGAAGUAUCACAAAUUUUUAAUGCAUUUCAAGAUUAUUUAAAUAACGAACAAGAAAUACGCGAGGAAAUUCGUCUUAUUGUGAGGGAAAUUGAGAAGAGUGCCAGGGAUAUUCUGAUGAUACUACAAAAUAUUCAUAAUGAAAAUUCUGUGGAAGAGAACAUAAUUGUCUCACAGUAUUGUGCAAAAGCCAGAGAAUUAUUUGAAGAUGUACGCAAGCAAUACGCUGAACUUGCUAAAAUUGUUCCAAAGGAUCAGUAUUAUCGAUUUAAUGAUCAAUGGCGUUUUGUCACUCAACGAUUAUGUUUUUUAGCUUCAUUAACUGUAUAUUUGGAAGUCAAAAUUUUGGCAACUAAAGAUACUGUUGCUGAAAUAUUGGGAAUUAAAAAUAAUCGAGAAGACGGUUUUCAUUUAGAUCUAGAAGAUUUUCUGAUGGGUUUACUUCAAUUAUCAGCGGAAUUGAGUCGCUUUGCAGUAAACAGUGUCACAAAUGGUGAUUAUAAUCGACCUAUAGAAAUAGCCAAAUUUGUGAAUGAACUAAACGCAGGUUUUAGACUUCUAAAUUUAAAAAAUGAUGCUCUAAGAAAACGGUUUGAUGCCUUGAAGUAUAACGUAAAGAAAAUUGAAGAAGUAGUAUACGAUCUUAGUAUUCGUGGUUUAAAACCUAUUACAUCGCCAAGUCCUCAAGAAAUUGAGUAAGUGGUAUGCUAAAUUUGAAUUAUUUUACACUAAGUUCUUUCGAUAUAUAUAUGAAAAAAUAAAAAAGAAACAGAGUAAGCAAAACUAUGUAAUUUUUUAUAAAUAACUGAGUAUAUAUAAUGAUGCCGCAAAUUAUUGUGUACAGUAAUAUGGACAAUUAACGAUUGUUUAUAUACCGCA